AGCCCAGCCCAACCCCCACAGGCGCUGGUCUUCCUCCUGCACGAGCACGAACAGACACAGGCACAGCGCCGACGCCGGCGCAAUCUCCUCCGGCUCCCCUCACCUUCCCUCACUGUUCCCCCGUCCAGGUGCUCUGAAUCGAAUCCCACGAGCCUCCUCUCCCCAAUCCCCUCCUCAGUUUCCCAAAUUACAGCACAAAGGGUCUCCCCACAGCUCUCCUCUCUAUUAAUGGCUAGAGCCAUUGAUUCCGACGAGAUAAUCUCUCGACCCUGCUCUCCCCUUCCCCUAUAAAAGGCGCCCAGGUCCUCCUUUCUUCUCACCUCGCCACCCCACAGGCUACGCCCAAGCGCUGCCCUAUUCCCUCGCUGUUUUCCUCAACUCCGGCGAACUUCCUCCGUUGUUUAUUUAUUUCGGCAUCGUUUCUUUUAACGUUAGAUUGCACGGAGUGUGACGUGGAGUGCUAUCAGGAGUGUGAUUCUUGCUGCGAGUACUCAGAAGGAAGCUCCGACGACGAGUAAGAUAUGAAUGGACCACCAAAUUUCGGAGAUGAGCCACCUUUCACACACGUCCAUUACCCAACAGUUGACGACGACAUUCCGUUUGGGAGGCAGCUUGCUACUUUGUGCACGACACUGCACCUGGCAGCACCCUGUUUCCGAGGACGUGCUGAGCCGGUGGGAUCCCAGGGAGGUGCAUGCCGCUGGGAGAUCGACACGGAGGUCAAAGGACGGACUGUUGUUCCAUUGACGCCCGACAUCACCUACUCCGUGCGCUACCCCAACUUCAUGCUGGGACUCCAGUUUGCCAUGCAACAUGCGAUAGCUCGUGUGUGCGAGGCGUACCAUGAUGAACUGCCUCCGGACUCUGUCUUCCGUAGCUUCGAAAGGCGAGUUGUUGGCGGGAAUGCCAUGGGACCAGAGAUCCUAGGCGAAGAUCCGCACAUGGAGGAUGUUCAGUUUCAAGCUCUGGAGCAGAACAUGGUGGACAUGGAGAAGAGUAUCUACAACGAGAUGACCCGAGCGGACAUAGCUGAAGACCAGGUGGGGAUACUCCAAGGUCAACUGACGCUGAAGACAAACGAGGUGAACCGCAGGGGAGAUGUUAUCCUGUACAUGCAUGCGAUCAUGGAGCAAAUUAUGUACGAGAAGGAUCUCCUGCAACUUCAGUAUAAUCAGCUCCAAGCCCAGGUCAACAACGCCAACCUUGCACCAGCACAAGCUCCAUCACCCCCUCAGGACCAGGAGAUGGAGCCACAGGAGGAGGAACCACAGGAGGCGCAGGAGAUGGACACACCUGCCACCCGCACCCGUUCCAGGGCGAAGAACUCCGGGAACACCAACUUCCUCUCACUUCCUUAGUUUCAGCUUAGAGCCCACCAGACUAUUUAUUAUACUAUAUUCGUUAUCGUGUUAGUCAUUGACCAUGCCGUCGUUGUGGUAUGGCAAUGUAGAUUCGUGUUUUACUUGCAACUCUUUACUUGUGUCUUAGGCUGUUAUGCCUUCUGAACUAUUUGUUUUGCAUGUUAAAUCCUAGUGAAUGUUUUUGCUUGCUUUA